ACACAGUGUCUCUUUGAAGACUCUGCGAAGACUCCUCCUCUCUGUUUUAUGUCAUCACAACAAUAUGUGGCAUGGAAAUGGGUAAAGCACCUCUAUUUACAGGGCCAGGAGGAAGCUGUGACCUCUCGGCUGCUCUGACAACACAGUAGGAGUGUUGGAGGAAGUCAGAAGUCGCCCACAGAGUCACAGAGGUGUGACAUACACACACAGACAGGUGGAUAUAUCGACAAUUACAGCUGAUGGAUUGCCCCUUAUGAUGUAGCCAAAGGAUAGAGUACCAUCUCACCCGUUCAGUUGUUGGACGAUGGCCACUGCUGCAGAGGACCCCCACCUGGGCUCGGGCCCUGAUGAGGAUGAUGUUUCUCUGUCAGGGAGCGAGUCUGAUUCAGACAGCAUCCUCUCCGAUGACUCGGUGCUUCCAGAGUACAUGCCAGAAAGAACAAACGGGCUUGCUGCAUCAACACUGUACCGAGCGUGCGCCCGUAAUGAACCCGUCUCUCUGCGGAAAGUUCUGGAGAGAGGGGUCACAAAAGAGGAGGUCAUGGAGCUGGACAUCAAUGGCUGGAAUGGCUUGAUGGUGGCUUGCUGCAAAGGGUUUGUGGACAUUGUUUAUGGGCUUCACAGCUGUCCUUAUAUAGACAUAAAUCACCAGGACAAUGAAGGAAACACUGCUCUGAUGAUUGCAUCCCAAGCAGGUCACAUCAACACAGUCAUGUAUCUCCUAAACUACUACCCUGGUAUAGACACAGAAAUAAAGGAUUGUCGAGGUUUCACAGCACUCAUCAAAGCUGCUAUGACCGGCCGUAAUGACGUCGUCUCUGCCCUCGUUAUGGCGGGAGCUGACUUACAUGCAGUAGACUCCACAAAAGGAAAAUGUGCUCGGGAGUGGGCACUGAAAACCGGCCGCUAUGAGAUCAUCCAUCGCCUCCGCCGCCUGAAUAUGCGGCCUAAAGCUGAGCAGUUCUGUGAGAGUUAUGUCCCUGAGUGGCCUGAGCUCAAGGAGAGGGCAGACAAUGCUGUAGCUGUGAAGAGUGCCAGUGAAAAAAUUAGGCAGCGGAUCAAAAGUACAUUUGGAUUCAGAUUUCCUCAUGACCCCGAGGACAACGGGUGCUUGGACCACAUGGUGCGCAUGACCACCAGUGUCCACAGUCCCCUGAUUUCAAUUGGAUGCCGCCCGCUCUGCCCUACGAGCCCUCCUGAGGUGGGGAAGCGGCGCCUUGCUGUGCCAGAGCUGGUGAAGAAACAUUCGGAUAAGGAAUUAGAAGAGCGCUCAGUGUGCCACAGCAAUGGCUCAGUAUCUCAUAUAAUUCCCACAAUCCACUCUGCUGAGUCCAUCGCUACAACGUGCUGCGCCGAGUCUGACCGCCGAGGCAGCCUCAUCUCGCUGGCUUCCACUAAAGUCGCCACCACAUUUAUUCCACGCAGUAUGGCGAGAAGGAACAGCGUGUUCCCCUCCGGCUGCAUCCCCAAGAUCGACAUCCUGAGGCCUUCGGAGCCAACGCCAAAGAAAGAGAAGAAGAAGAGGAAGAUGGACAAGCGCUUCCUGGAACCACCGAAGUGGAAGUACAAGGAGAUCAAGGAUGAGAAAAAGAAGGAGAAGAAGAAAUCUGAGAAAGAAAAGGCAGAUAAAGAGAAAAAGGACAAAAAAAAAGAAAAGGAGAAAAAGACCAAAAACUAAAAGUUUCAAAAAAUGAUUGUUCUGCUGUAUCGAAUCAUCCCUUUUGAGAAGAAGACGCUUUUUAAAAAUGCUCCACUGAGGGCUUGAAACUUUAAAACCAAAGAACCAGACAAUAUUCAACCUACAACCUACAUGACAACUGAAUGACAGAUGACCUCAAACAAGCACUGCAACUACUCUUUUGGACUCUAAUGUCUAAAAGUUGAGACAAAUAUUAUCUAUAUUUUGAGUUAGAAUAGACAGAAAGUUUAUUUUUCCAUAAAUAUAUUUUUGAAUCAAAAAAGACAGAAAGGAAAUGUUUAAUGAAUAUGAUACAAUUCAUGAAAUCCAUGUUUGCUGAUUUGGUUUCAUAGGUGCAAAAAGCAUUUAUGAUAUCUACCUCAUCAUUAACAUAAAGCACAGACAGGCGAGUACUGUAUGUAGACCUGUAUUUCCUAUGCAAGAUGUAAAUAUAGACACAUGUAGCUAUAUACUAGCUCCAUUGUAUUAUGUAAUAUUGUUUUAUGUGUUGAAUUUGUUGUUAUUUUUGUAAAUAGCUAGCAAUACAUUGUAAAUACUGUACACGAAUGUAGCUAACAUGAAUCAAAACGGCAGAUCUGUUUAAUCCUCUCAUUCAGUUUUAUUGCCAUUUUUUCCUGAUAUUGCCAAUAACAUGUUCAUAUGACAUCACCUGUUUUUAUUAACUCUGUGAGUGCAUGGAUUCAAUUUGCUCGGAUUUACAAAUAAAUGUAGGACAUUGAGA